GUUCGCCCCUUGGUUGUUGUAAACCUGUGUAAACAAUUUCAUUCUUUAUUUUGUUUGAUUUUAUUUUUUGUGAAACUUGUGUUUUGUUCGUCAUGGCAAAAAGGAAACGUUCUUACCAUGUUGGUAAGAACAAUAACUUGAGGAGCAAGAGUCUUAGAGCUCAUUUUCGGAGAAAGAUACCUGCAGUCGCUCUAGACCAUACCUAUGCUGCCUAUGCGAGGGAUCCAUAUUCUGUUGCUGGAAAAAGUUCUCGAGCUAGGCUCGCAUCAGAUUUCAGAGAAUCUAUGUGUUAUGAUGUGAAUCAUGACACCCCUAUCAUAAAAGAGGAAAUAUCUAGGGAAAUAUUAACUGGCAGUGAUUUUCAAGAUGAAGAUAAUAACAAGGAUAAUAGUUUAAAUAUGUUUAGGUACAAGCUCGGGUACAGCCCCCUUGACAGUCUCCUUAUCAUAAAGGAGGAAGAGGAGGAGGAAGAAGUACCAUCAACUUCUGGCACUGAUCCUCUCCAAUUUGUCAAGCAAGAAGGGGAAAGUGAAUGUUCUCAACACAGGAAUGAAAGCUUUCCUUUGAGGUACAGCCCUGGGUAUAGCCCCCUUAUCAUAAAGGAAGAAGCGAGGGAAGAAGUUUCGUCAACUUCUGGCACUAGUCCGCUACCAUUUAUAGAUCAGGAAGGAAAAAGUGAAAAUUUUCAAGACAGAAAUGGAAGCUUUCCUCUGAGGUACAGCCCAUCCAUUAUCAUAAAGGAAGAAGCGGGGGAAGAAAAUCCGUCAACUUCUGGCACUAAUCCGCUACUUGAUCAGGAAGGAGAAAGUGAAGAUUUCCAACACAGAAAUGGAAGCUUUUCUCUGAGAGAAUCUCCAACCAUGUAUUAUGAUUUGAAUCAUGACACCCCUAUUAUAAAAGAGGAAAUUUCAACUAACAGUGAUUUUCAAGAUGAAGAUAAAGAAUACAACUUCGAGUACAGCCCCCUUAUCAUAAAGGAAGAAGCCAGGGAAGAAGUUCCGUCAACCCCUGGUACUGAUCGGCUACAAUUUGUUGAGCAGGAAGGAGGAAGUGAAAAUUUCCAACACAGAAAUGGAAGCUUUACUCUGAGAAUCAUGGACGAACAGUGGAACGCUGGAUCAAAAAAUGUGGUUUACUCCAGUGAACUUAAAGCUACAAGACCUAUACGUGAAGGAAGUUCCGUGAAAAUGCUGUAUCACAGAAAGUGGUAUUCUGAAACUGACAUUAUUGAAUCUGAUGAUUCUAACAAUAUCCCUCUUAGCGAAAUUCGUCAGAAGGUUAAGUCGACCCAUGUCUGUUCGAACAAUAACAACGAGUAUUCUGAAGGCGACAACAUUCCUUUGCACCAACUUACAACCAAGACUAACGAGUUAGUGCAGUCUUCUACCACAAAUCUCUUAGAAGUAAAUAAUCAUCAUCUUGAUGAGUCGCCAGUAACUUCACCAGAAUAUGACUUAGAUCAGGAUCCUCCUUUUGGAAUUUGUGAAGCUAGAAAAUGUAAAGGAGAAGUCUUCAGUUCGUGUCAUGUUUGCAACAUUCUUUUGUGCUGGGAACAUUUUAUCGCAGACACUGAUAAAUGUUUACAUUUUGGUCAUGGAGUGAAAUCUCUUCAUAUCACCUCUGAAGCCGACAUGAGCGUCCAGGAAAGAAGUCUGCAGCAAGACGAUUGCAUUAAAUUGAAAAAAGCAGCCUGUCCUGAGGAUUUUCUAGUUGAGCAAAAUCCUGAAAAGAAAGUUAAAAAAGUUAACAAACAGAAAGAAGCAAAAAGAUUGAGAAACUGUGGUCAGGAAUACUUCAGUCCUUCCACAAAAAAAAUUGUUCCUGCGAAGGUUAUGAAACAGCGAUGCAUGUCCAGAAAAUGUUCAAAAACCGGUAAAAAAUGUUCAGAAAUCGAAGACCAACAAAGAGAACGCCUAUUUAGUGACUAUUACAGUUUAGCCAACUUAACCCGACAACGGGACUUUUUAAUUCACCACGUUACUAAAGAAGACAUCAACCGAAAAACGGUGAAGACAAAAUCUCGAAGAACCAGUACUUUAAAAUAUUGCUUCACAGUAGACCAUAACCGUUUACCUGUAUGUAAAAAGUUUUUCUUGAACACUCUGGGAAUUUCUGAAAAACCAGUACUCACAGCCCUUCAUAAAACAUCUGACAUGGGAAUCUUGGAGGAAGAAAAAAGAGGCGGUCGUCAAAGAUCUCAAAAAGUUUUAAUUGAAGAAGAGAAAAUGAGAAAUGAAAUGAGCGACCAUAUCGAUAAAUAUCCUAAGAUGGAGUCACAUUGUUGCAGAGACAAGUCCUCUCGCAUGUAUCUUCAUCCAGAUUUAACAUUACAAAAGAUGUACGACAUGUUCCGUGAAGAUUUGAUGUUACGAGAUAUCCAAAAGAAACCCUGUGUCACAACAUUCAGGAAAAUUUUAAAAUCAAAAAAUCUUUCAUUUUAUCAUCCAAAGAAAGACCAGUGUUCGCUAUGCUUAACGUUUAGAGGAGAUGAGAAAGUAAAACAAGAAAUGAAAGAAGUCUUUGAAAAACUCAUUGAGGAAAAAUCCAAGAGUCAAUGAACACGCCAAUGAGAUAGAACGAAUACCACGACCAGACUCAGCAUUUACCAAGGGAAACAGAAUUGUUGAUUUAGAAUAUGUGAUGCAAACUUGCAUGGAGCUACAAUUCGAACACAGCAAAUAUUGCGCUCUUGGUCUUUUGAAAAUGGAUCAUGAAAUACGAAACGGGCUUACUAGCAUUGUUGUUUUCCAGUGUAACAUGUGUGACUUUCAAACACAGUGUUACACGCAAAAAGAUGCCUGCAUAUUGCAUAAGGUCUACAAAUCAGGGAAAAGUUUGAAGCAAUUAGUCUAAACAAAUGAACAUACUUGGAAUUGUAUAGCUCUGAAACAAGAAUAGAACGGCUGAAGCUAAAAAGAACACAUCGUUAUUAUCAAGUUCAAGGCCACCUCAGUUUAUGUGUUCAGAAAUUAACAUCGACAUAGGGACUGAUCUGGAAAUUAAAGUGGAGCCUGAAAUCAUUGCUAAUAAGUAUAACGAUUUUUUAGUCUCGGUUUUGCCAAAUUUGCUAAGUAGUUUGAACCUCUAUUAUUGGCGAUAAUAAUAUGGAUUUAAUGUUCGCGUAACACCAAAUGAAAUUUGUGAGAUAGCACAGAAGUUGAAAAACAAGAAUAGUAGUGUGAGAUUUUUUCAGAAAAUUCAAAAGUGUCCAGAAACAGUGACUUUUGCUUUCGUACUCAUAAUAACUACAAAAAAAAGUGCAGUUUCAGCUUCACAUUAGUUGAUAUUAAAUUUUUUAAUUGCCA